GCAGCGGUUCCCGUCUGCAGGAGUGAACGUCGACUAAAUGACUGCAUUCACCGUCACAGGCGGGUUGGACCCAAGCACGCACUCCACUCCUCUCCUCUCCUCUCCACUUCAACCUAACUCCUCUUGCACCAGCUUGAACUGCAAAUUGUGGCAGACAACAGUGAGGCUAACUGGGUUGGAAAGUUUCCGCUGGUAAAACACAACAAAAAUCAGAUACAGCGCAAGAUCCAUAUCAGAAAUUACAAAUGUAAUGCUACUCUUUUAUUUACACCCUCUGAGUGGGAAGAAUUUAGCAACCAACUUUGAUUCCACAUUUUUUUUUAAUUAUAAAGGGAUAGUUUUUCAUUCAGCUUUGGAUUUCACUAGAUUGUACCGAAUGUUUUGUCAGGUGGGCAUAGUGUAUAAUUCAUAUCCCAAAUGAAUCCCUUCAUAUCUUAAUAUCUCACGAUCUUGAAAGGCGGAUGCAUUGUUGCUACACUGAUGUCAUCCAAUUGUAACAGCUUGGUUCCAUCUUUAUUGACAGCGUUAAACAAUGUUUUGGAUCCACGUCAGUGUUAUCGUUUGAGUCGGAACAAAAACACUCUGGACUAGACUAAACAACGUGAAUGAAGAGACAUGCUCAAAUGGUGUUGGCUGCAUCUACGCUGCUUUUACUUUGAGGUUUCAACGAACGCCCUGAUCCGAUGCGUCUUAAAAGGCAUAAAUCGCACGGAGACACUGCAGAGCAUUAACAGCGGAGAUGACACUUAUUCAGUGAAUAGCUGUGGACAUGUACUGUACUGCAGAAAAAAUACAAAUAGGGGUGAAUUUGUGAAUAGCUUAAGUUUAACAGCACGAUUUUACUGUAUUUGGCUGUUUUUCUUCUACUGUGGUGUUUUUUGGGCGGUUAGCAACCCGCUUAAAUGGUCCACCAACUGGACUGCGGUUUGGCUUUACAGAAAAUCAAGUAAAAGGAAAUAAAAUAAACAAUUCCCAAAAAAAUACUAAAUAAUACAAAUGAAAACUAUACCACAUUAUAAGACAUGCGGAUAUCUUUUUUUUUUUUUUGAGCAGUGAUUCUAAUUUCAUGUAUUGUAUUUUCCUUUAAAUUGCCCAUAGGUGUGAUUGGGAGUGCGGCUGUUUGUCUCAGUGUGCCCUGCGAUUGGCUGGCAUCCAAUUCAGGGUGUACCCCGCCUCCUGCCCGUUGACAACUGGGAUUGGCUCCAGCACUCCCCGCGGCCCUAGUGAGAAUAAGUGGCAAAAAAAUGGAUUCUUUCUUUGUUUCAGAAAAAUGUCUUCUACUCAGGAACAGAUGGACAAUUUUAAUUCAGAUUUCGGAUACUUCCUGGGGCAUCAUAUAUCCAAUAUUACAUCCCAUCCAUCCAUCCGUUUUCUUUGCCGCUUAUCCUAACGAGGGUCGCGGGGGUGCUGGAGCCUAUCCCGGGUGUCAACGGGCAGGAGGCAGGGUACACCCUGAACUGUUUGCCCGACAAUUUACAUUAGUUCUUGCAGCUGCCUUCUUCAUUAAUACACGAGCCGCUAAUCCCACAUUGGUUGUCAUGCCGAGGGGUAGCUGCGCUGCAUUUAACCUGCUCGUCUUUUGGGGACCCAAGGCAAAUAUAGUAAAUUUGGAGUGUAACUGCACAGCAUUACAAUACAAUAUACAGUAAUUAUAACAUUCAAUGUUGCAGCUAAUAAUACUAAUAGCAUCAGGAUACAUGGGUAAUUGAUAUAUUAGCGAUAUAAACAUCCUCAUCUAUGCAUGUCGUGUAGGGAAAAGUCCAUCUGUCCAUUUUUUUGAGCCACUUAUCCUCACAAGGGUUGCGGGACUGCUGGAGCCUAUUCCAGCUGUCAACGGGCAGGAGGCUUGGGACACCCUGGACUGGUCGCCAGCCAAUCGCAGGUCACGUGGAGACAAACACACACAAUCACACCUGGGCCAAUUUAGAGUGUCCAAUUAAUGUUGCAUGUUUUUGGGAUGUGGGCGGAAACCGGAGUGCCCGGAGAAAACCCACGCAGGCACGGGGAAAACAUGCAAACUCAACACUGGCGGGGCCGGGACCGAACCCGAGUCCUCAGAACUUUGAGGCCAACGCUUUACCAGCUGAGCCAAUAUUACAUCCCAAAUACUAGAAUUCUUUGGUGUGGUAAAAUAGGCCAUCUGCAUUUGGAUAUUCUUGAAUAUAUUUGAAUACUGUUUUACUCGUCCCGGUAUUCCUAUCCUAUUGUAUUUUUGUAUGUUCUGAUGUGUUUUUGCUUCUGGUUAGUCAAUGGCACUUUUAAUUCAAUAUUUUUUACACAGUUGACAUGAAAUGAGAUCUGGGCUAUAGUCUGGUGUGACGUUUUGAAUAUUUGCAACACAACGACAACUACUUUCAACUUAAUUUCAACUGAACCUGCUUCCUCAAUUACCAAGCAAACUGCACAGAAAGAAUAACUGGCAUAUAACUUUUUUUGUACUUGGUUUUGGGGCACAAAUGAUUGUGUUAUCGUUCGAUACAUGAUAUUUACAGAAACGCUAUGAUAAGACAUCCGAUCAGAUAGCUGUGAUGUAAUUCCUACACUCCUCAUAGUCACUAGGUGGCAUAUUUUCACGAUCUUUCUGCGAUGAUAUGCUUCCAGCAUUUUUACACCGUAAGCACUUUUAAAGUUCAACCUUAUCGUGUGUGCAAAGAAACACACGGGAGUUCAAGGGAAGGUUCAAAGUUCGUCCGCCCGCACUCAAUCAACUAUUAGGAGCUAGGGUUGUUCACAUGUUAAUGGUUCCACGCGAGCAAGCAGGAGAAUGAACUUGACUGCGGAGAACCACAGGAUUCCUCUCAGAGAUGGGAACCAAAUCCCACUUCUGGGCCUGGGCACCUACGGAGACCCUCGGACGACACCAAAAGGCACAGCUUUGGAAUCUGUCAAGCAGGCCAUCGAUGUGGGCUACAGGCACAUUGAUGGAGCUUUGGUGUAUUUCAAUGAACACGAGGUGGGUCAAGCCAUCAGGGAAAAGAUUGCAGAUGGAACUGUGAGAAGAGAAGACAUCUUUUACUGUGGGAAGCUCUGGAAUACUUUCCAUCCACCAGAACUGGUGAGACCAACCUUGGAGAGAACCCUGAAAACCCUAAAACUGGACUAUGUGGAUCUCUAUAUAAUUGAACUUCCAAUGGCCUUUAAGCCUGGGAAUGAGUUCUAUCCUAAGGACCAGAAUGGGAAGUACAUCUACCACCACACAGACCUUUGUGCAACAUGGGAGGCUUUAGAGGCUUGUGUAGACACAGGCCUUGUGAAGUCUCUUGGAGUCUCCAACUUUAACCGCAGACAACUUGAACUGCUUCUCAACAAACCAGGCCUCAAACAUAAGCCUGUAUCCAACCAGGUGGAAUGUCACCCUUACUUCACACAGCCUAAACUUCUGGAAUAUUGCCGUCAACAUGACAUUGUUAUUGUUGGCUACUGCCCGCUAGGCUCCUCCAGAGAUGCAUCUUGGGUCAAUGUCAAAUGUCCUCCCAUGUUGGAGGAUGAGCUGCUGGUGUCCAUCGGGAAGAAGUACAAUAAAAGCAGCGCUCAGGUGGCCCUGCGCUUCAAUGUCCAAAGAGGAGUGGUGGUCAUUCCCAAGAGCUUCAAUCCACAGCGGAUUAAACACAACUUCCAGAUAUUUGAUUUUUCACUAACCAAGGAAGAAAUGAAAUCCAUUGAAGGGCUGAACAAGAACAUUCGCUUUGUGGAGCUGCUCAUGUGGAGCGACCAUCCGGAGUACCCAUUCCAUGAUGAGUAUUAAUGCUACUAAUAGAAAAUGAUGUGGCUGGAUCAGAAUAAAACAAUGGACUCCAAGUGACGACUUGUUGGAAUUGUGAUCUGUGCUGGCGUACUGUAACUGUACAGCCACAAGAUUUGGUAUACCUGCAAAAUACAAGAGGGCUUUUCUGGAGCUAAAUAUGGCGGGCAAACUAUUACAGUGAAAGUGAAUACGUUUGAUAGUGGAAAACAAAUGUAAACAUUGCUGAGUUUUUGGGAUCCGGCCCUUGUAUUGGAGCUCGUUACAGGGGUACCUAAUGAAUUGGCUGUCGACUGCAUAGUGUUUGUAAGCACGAGAUGUCUGGAGUUGACAGUAAAUGCAGUCAAAUGUAUUUUUUCGGGGGGUGGGGUGGGUCAUGCAGCCCUAAUUCUAAUCCUAAUUCAAAUUUUCUAUGAUGUUAUUGACCUCAAGUUUAUAGUUCUGCGGUCCUUCAGGGCAGACUUGUCCAACCUUUAUUGAGAAAAAACGUCACAGGAUACUGCUUUGUAACCAUUUCACAAUUUGCACAGAUAAAUUUAUGAGUUGGUCCAUCUUAAAAUUAUCAUACUGUGCAUGCUAUGAAUUGUUUUAUUGGAUGAAUAGCAACAGGCAGACGCAUACAGUAGGUUAAAUACAGUACUGUAUGUAAAUUCUGCCAUCUAGUGGAUAAACAUUUCUAUGUUGUGCCGGUCACUAGACGUCGCUGGCAUAGAUAGAUCGACUAGGACACAUUAUUUUGUAAUAUUGUAAUAGUUUGUCAAAAAUCGUGAAGCCAAAAUGGAUCACUUCACGGCGCUACGGUGAGCAUCUGGUUGGAGUGUCUGCCUCACAGUUCUGAGGCUGUGUGGAGUUUGCAUGUUCUCCGGCCACAUCCCCAAAAUAUGCAAUCGUUGGAGACUCUAAAUUGUCCCAAGGUGUGAUUGUGAGGCGGAAUGUUUUUUUGUUUCUUUGUGUCCUGCGAUUGGCUGGCAACCAGUUCAGGGUGUGACCCUGUAUCCCAAAGAUGGCUGUGAUAGGCUACAGCACUCACAUGACCCUUUGUGAGAGUAGGUGGGUCAGAUGAUGAAUGGAUAAUUUCACCCCACACUUCAACUACUUACAUAUUGCAGAACUGUGGUUGAGAAUCAAUGUCUUCCCCACUUUUUCAGAAAAAAAGGACCUCUUCACAAAAUAGACAUUUCUUGAUAUCCACAAAACGAUUUCCAUAUUGACCUAAAAUAAGAAGAAAAACAUUGGCUAACGUAGCAUAACAAUCCCAAAUGGAAUCUAAAUGGGUUUAUUAGCCAUUGAACAUCAAAUAAGUAAAUAUAAUCAGACUUUAUAUUGAAAUUUGGGAAACCUACUUUACUGUGGAAAAGACUAAUUAUUUAGGUUUUCCUUUAACUUUAUAAUAUCUUCUGCCGAGCCUGUAUGAGCUUUCUGCGUUUUUUGUUAGAAUUUUAAAACAAAGGUCUCUAUUGUUAAAAUAGUUCAAACGAAUAAAUUGUCUGAAAAGCAUCUGCUU